AAAAGGAAAAAAAAUAAAAUCCCAUUUCUAAACCUAGUACAACACAAAAAAUAGGUAGAAAAAAGGCAUUAGCUUCCAAGACUUCAAAAGAUGACAUUACAAAAACUUGGUAAACACAAACAAACAAACAACAAAUGAAAAAGAAAACUCAUCUUAUAAGCAGCAGUUUCAGUCCACCUGCUGCAAAAAUGCAAAAAAAAACCAAAUCCACUUUUUAUAUAUAAAUAAUAUCCUGCAAAACACACAGUGAGAAACCGCACCACUUUUUUCCCUCCCAUGGCGGCCACCCCAGUUGUUCUUCUAAUCACUCUCCCCACUCAGAAUUCGGCGCAUCAAGCUCCCCUCUCCCACAUUACAAUGGGCUCGUCUCUCUCAUUCUUCCUCCUCCUCACUUUCUCCAUACUCAUUUUCACCCUCUACACAAUCUUGAAGAAUCACAGCAGCAGCAAUGGCGGAAAGGGGGAAGAGGGCUCAGAAAAAAUCCAAUCUUUAUCUGCGAACCACCAGCAGAAGCAAGAAACGGGCCGCGAGCCCGACCCCGACCCGGGAAAUUUGGCCCGUUCCUUGCUGCUCGAGAUCUUGCCUCCGAGUUCGCCGAAAUGGGAUUAUUCCCUUUAUAGUAAAGGUGAGGAUGUUGAUGAUGACGACCCGGGUGAGAAAAGCGGGUCGGGCCGGGAAGAUAAGAAGAGGAGGAAGAAGCGGGCUAGGAAGAAGAAGCCCGGCCCGAAUGAGGGGGAAGGGAAAGAUAAGGAAGAGUUGGUUUGUUUGUAUCCUUUCACAAAGUCUUGUAGUGCUACGCAGAGGAAGAUCAAGCAGCAGUAUGAUCAACUCGUCAAGUCUCAUGGAUCAAAUGGAUUGACUCUUGAUCAGGUUGGACAGUUUGUCAAUUGCCUGGUUGAGGCGAGAAACGAGCUGCAAAACAAAUCCGAAGUCAUCAAGAGGAGAUUCACAAUCACCAAGGCCCUACUGUUUAAGGCGGACCGAUCCUCCUUUGACCGCCUACGUCAACAGAUAUACAAGCUAGAAUUAGAGCAAAAGAGACUAGAAGAAGACGCUUUCGUCUAUAACUGGCUUCAAGACCAGCUUAAGGUCUCUCCAGCAUACAAGAAGAUGCUGGAAAUCAGCGCGUGUAUGGAGACGAAAGCGAAGUCCAGCAUCCCUGCAGAGAGUCAAGAUGCAAACUUCUCCGACAUAUCAUUUGAAGAAUUACUAGCGCAGGAGAAGAAGGACGCAUUUUGGUAUGCUGUAAUCUCGAAACUGAACUCCUUUUUCGUUAUUUUUCAUAGAGAGACGCUUGAUGGUGAUAGUGUGUGUUUGUUGUGUGCAGGCAGAGAAAUGGGAAGCUGAGAUCGUGCUCGGGAUGAGAGACGAACGUUGCGAAAACUAAUUGUAGGUGAUUUAGAGAAUAACAAUAUGUACAUCCAAAAUCCAAAAAUCACUCACUGCUUUUUGAUCCUCAAUUACAAUUUUUGUGUUUGUGGAGUGUAAUCCAUCCGCAUAGUGCAAACAGAUAUUCUGUAAAUCAAGUUUUUGCAGAACUUUUUAUCAUCAAUACCAACCAUAGUUUGAUCUAAA